AUGCCUUCCUGGCUGAAUGUCAACCCCCGCGCCCUGAAAACGCUCUUCCGAUGCUGGCUUCCAGCAUGGAUAGGCUUCUUGCUGAUGGUGAUUUACCCGACCUUACAUACCAUUGGUCUCGCCACCUUUUUCACCGUAUUGGCUCAAUUUAUGUGCCCUCCCAAUGGCAUUGAAAUGAUCUUUGUUUUCACCGCAUUGUCUCUCUGGCUUGGCAUGUUCCUGGCCUGGGGAUGGGGCUGUAUCGUUAUGAAAGCAGCCCUAGCGGCACGUCCGGCCGCAGAGACCCAGGCCCAAUUGAUGCAUUUGGAGCAAGUUGCCCAGCAACGGGCCAAUCAGACAGGCGUCUCUGCCUCGAUCGAGGCAGAGAUCUUGGUGUUUGAUGGAUAUAUGCUGGAUGCCCGUGUCUCGGCUGUUUUCCUGGCUCUUGGCCUUUUGUUUAUCUACGUCCUCGCUCUCAUACGGAUGAAGAAUCCCAAAUUUACGUUUACACAGCUUUUUGGGAUUAUCAUCACCGAUCUUUUCAUGACUUACGGCCCAUUGAUGCCUAGUUUUAAGGGGACUUUGCCAAAGGUCAUUAUUAUCCCGGCCUCUAUCGGAUUGGGACUUGCCUUUGUCUCCUCGUUGUUCCUGUUUCCGCAGUCUACUUCUCAUAUCACUCUGGAAAUGAUGGAGAAGAUUGUGGAUGGGCUGAAGGUGCCCCUGAAGGCUAUUAUAGAAGACUACCCGGACUCGGAAUCGGCAGAACAGCAGGAUCUGGCGGUUCUGAAUGGAGCUAAGCAGAGUCUUCUCGGUCAAUGGCAGGCAUUACAGCCAACGCUCGGGUUCUUGAAGCUUGACUUUAGCGUUGGUCGGUGGAGCGACAAGGAUAUUGUGAGUCUGGACGAAAAGCUCCGUGGCGCUUUUAUCAGUACUGUGAAUGUUUUGAAUCUACGACUGUUUCGACUUCGAAAUACACUCCAGGCCCGCAAAGCUUUGGCAACAAUGCCAUCUGAUUCUGCUGCUCCUCCUGGUUCGUCUGCUUCAGACCCUUCUUCGUUUGAGCAGGAAUCGGAAGUAGAGGAGAACAAGCAGGAUGCAGCGGCAGAGGCAGCAGGAGAAAACUUAUUGAAGGAAAAGGCCAAGCUUCAAAAGAACAACAAAAAAGUCGGAUUGCAUCAAAUAAACGAGUUCACCACCUUUCUCAAAGCCAUCACUGACACCGACUCUCUCGAGGUGCAAGCCGAGACCAUUGAUAUGCUGCGCAGGGACGGGACGGAUGUUAUCCAACUUUGCCUUGAAGCACUGGACUCUGUGAAGGAUUGUAUACACGAUGUCAAUACGACAAGGCUAUUUAGUCGGUUGCCCAAGGAAACCUUUGAUAAACACGCUGAACAAAGCCAGGCUGUGCUUGAGAAACUGCGCGCUGCACGAGCCUCCUUUAUCAAAAAGACGACAGACGACUUGCUAGAGGCUAAUGCCGAAUUGUUCGACGCCAAUGGCAAGGUAAAGACUCUAGACGCUCAUCUACGCAACCGAUUCCGAGCUGUCAUCUUCGGCAUGGUCUUUGAGGAACAUGUUCUCAGCGCUGUCGACGGCAUCAUCCCACUAUUAGAGAAAGCUUCUUCGCUCUACAAAGAAAGGACCAAAAACCGGAUAUGGUUCCCUGCCGGAAUUCGACACACCGCUAGCUGGAUCUUCAAGCGAUCCGCAAAGGCGCCCGUUCACGCAGAGACUUCGUUUGAGGAUCCAGAUAAAGAGAUUGUCGAUCAAUCCGACCUGCUUCAAGAGAAGCUAAGGAUUGUCCGGGGUACGCGAAAGAGACAGCGCUCCAAAUUGGCCAGAAUCAUUAGUGGGUUUUAUCACUUUCUCGUAUCCCCGGAUUCUCUCUAUGCACUGCGUCUUGUCGUGUUGUCGCUGGCUCUGGCUAUACCCGCUGUGCUCCCUCAAACGGCAGGUUUCUAUUACAAACAGAGAGGCUUGUGGGCUUUGAUCAUGGGGCAAACGACCAUGCUGGCUUACAUGGCUGAUUUCACUUACUCGGUGCUAGGCAGGGUUAUCGGAUCAGUGAUUGGAGGCGUGCUAGGUCUGGUCGCUUGGUAUAUUGGGUCCGGUAGUGGUGAGGGAAAUUCGUAUGGGCUGGCUGCUAUUGUUGGAGUACUGCUGAUUCCGCUGCUCUGUGCACGGCUUUUCCUUCCACGUGCCUUCUUGUUACCGUCAAUGAUGUGUGCUGCGACGUUCUUGUUGGUGGUAGGAUAUGGGUUUGACUAUGGGCACGUUGCAUCUUACGGCUUACCGGGAUACGGAUAUCAAAUAUUCUGGCGGCGGUUACUUCUUGUCCUCAUCGGAAUUGCUGCUUCGAUUAUCGUACAAAUCGUUCCCCGUCCCGUCUCAGCCACUCGACAUCUUUGCCGGGCACUGUCAAAAGGCAUUCGGACGCUAUGCGACCACUACGCACUUCUACUCUCAUCUCUCGGCGAGCCCAACACUCCCGGUCUCGAAGCCGUUGUCGGACAAAUCUCCAUCCAACUAUCCCAAUCCCUAGGCGCGCUUGACCCGCUAAUUGCAUUAGUGCGAUUUGAGUUCUCAACUUCCCUCUUCGACAGCGCUUCGCUGGGCCAGAUUAAGAAACUCUGUGUCCAAAUCAACUACUCCCUCGCGCGUCUCCUUUACAUCACCUCUUCGCUAUCCGUGGAAUACCAGGAACUCCUCUCCCGGCAAGUCGGGAUGCGCAACCACCACAGUAUUGGCGAUGUGAUGGCUGUCUUGGGCGUGAUUGAGCAGACGCUCAAGACGGGCGAUGCGCUGCCAGAGGUCCUUCCGACGCCGCUUGUGACGAGGCAUUUCGCGCACUGGUCCAUGCCUAAUGUUGACUUGAUUAUGAGCAAGGAGAAAGUGCAGGAUGCGGAGUAUCGCAGAUUUUGCGCCGCGCUGAGCGCGUACUUGUUGUUUCUGGGCGGCGUGGAUGACCUAGUUUUGGCCAUGAAGGAGACGCUGGGAGAGGCGCAUGUUGUAUCUAGAGAGUUGUUGCAUCAGAUAUGA